ACCGGAGCGGAACGCUUCAGCAUCUACGGAAACAACAGCGGAAGGGAAAGUCGGACACAGCAGCCACAACCCCGGACGGAGUUAACGGUAACACAAGCUGGAUACAUGUGAGUGACCGUGUUGUCGUUGAUACGGAGCGAUGCGGCGGCUGUACAUCGGCGGGUUGAGCCACACGGUGACCCAGAAAGAUCUGAAGGAUCGAUUCGGAAAGUUUGGAGAUGUGGAGGACGUGGAGCUCCGGACCAGGAGGGACGAGGAGGGUAUUCCUUACAAAACCUUCGGCUACAUUAACAUCAACAUUUCAGACGCAGACCUGAAGAAAUGUUUGACGGUGUUGAACAAAUCCAAAUGGAAAGGAGGAACUCUGCAGAUUGAAACAGCCAAGGAGAGUUUCCUGCACAGACUGGCUGAGGAGCGACAGGAGGCAGAGGAGCAGCGCCUCCAGCAGCCUGCAGCUGAGGAUACGAGACAGAAGAUGCUGGAUUCCCUCAGCGGAGCCGGCGUGGAAAACUUCACCAUGAAGGCUGCGGUGCCCGGGACCGAAAUACCAGGACACAAGGACUGGGUGGUCAGUAAAUUCGGACGAGUCCUCCCCGUCAUGCAGCUCCGGUGUAAGAAAGGCAGCAAAGCUCGAACCCUGAAGUACGACCCGUCCAAAUACAGCCACAACAUCCGCAAGCUGGACCGAACCGCCGCCGCAGACGAGCCCACACCUGUCACCCAGCUCACCUGGGAGGUACCGGGAGGGGAUGAUGACAUCAGCAAGAAGAGGCGCGGAGAGUUUCCUCCUUUUGAGCCUUCAAGACCCAAGAAGAGUCGGACAGAUACGGUCAACUCCCAGAAUGAUUUGGGCAGAACCAGACUUAAGCAGACUGUUGUCUCUGUCGAUCACACUGAGGCUCAUCAGUUCACCAACGGAAAUGAACGACCGACCAACCACAGACCGGCUCAGAGGAGAAGGGCUGACAGCGAUAUUGAUUCAGACGAGGAAAUCUGCAGAAUAGUAGCAUCUCAGAACACCUCCCACGCUGCACUGGGGCAGGAAGAGGACGAGGAUAACCUGGAAGUGGUCGGACUCGACUACUUGGUGAAGUCCGGACGUUCCCGUCAGCACCAGAAAGAUGAUGAAGAAGAGAACGACUACGACUCGGCGGACACGGAUGAACUCCUCGCCUCCAAGAAACCGCCUCCUCCACCGCGGGAGAGACUGACUCCCCCCACUGCAGAGCACCAGUCAGGAAACGACACAGACCGGAAGAGGAAGAGAAAGACAAAGACGAAAAGUAAAGCUGAAGAGGAAGAGGAGGAUUCAGAGGAUGAAGAGCACCUCACCUCCAGGAAACCCUCCUCCACACUGCCCAGGGGUUCUCAAAGCCAAAGUAAGAAGAAGACAGCCCUUCCUGUUGAAAAAUCAGAUUCAGAAUCAGAUAGUGAUGAGGAUGAUGACGGUGAUGAAGACGAGGAGGAGUUAGAAUCAGCCGAUUCCAGUUCAGAUUCUGACUAUGACGCCAUGUUUUCCAACGUCACCCGUCUGGAGAUCUCCCUGGCGGAUCUGCAGAAGCUAGCUGAAGAAUCCCAGCAGGCCUCAACAACCGAGGAAGAAACUAAGCUCACGUCCGCUCUGGCUGAACGACCGACGCCAAAGAAAGGCACCACGCCGGAGGAGAUCCUCGCCGCCCUCAUGGAGGACGACAGCAGCGAGGACGAACAGAAGAAAAAGAAGAAAAAGAAGAAAAGAAAAGUCGUCACGUCAACGCUGCCGGCAUUCCAGGGUACGAGAGCAGUGAACGAGGGAUUAGAGACGGAGGAGAGUCAGAGGAGCCGGAAAGAGGAAGAGGAGGAGGAGGAGGAGGGAAGUGAGGUUAAAAAACAGAAGCUGGACUCUGAAGCUCCUCAGCUGAACCACAAAGCAACAGACAGCAAAAGCAGCAGGACUCUGAGUGCACAGAAACACACAGAAAGAGAGGAGACCUCAGAGAGCAGCGAGGACGAAGAAGAUGAAGAAGAUGAUGAGGAGGAGGAGGAGGAAGAAGAUGAGGAAGAGGGGGAAGAGGAGGGUAAAAAGGAGGCGGCGGUGAAAAACGUGGCUGCUACUGCUAAAGUUACAGUUAAAGCUGAGACUGAUUCCUCCUCUAGCAGCGCUGAUGAUGAUGAUGAUGAUGAGGAGGAGGAGGAGGAGGAGGAGGAGGAAAGGAUGAAGCCCAAUCAGACUGUUCCUACAGCUAAAGCUUCAGCAAUGGCUUUACCUUCAUCCUCCAGCUCCUCCACUGCUAAAGAUGCUGUGAAAGCAGCACCUCGCCCUGCUCCUCACAGCGAGUCCUCUUCCAGUGAGUCCUCUUCCAGUGAGGAGGAGGAGGAGGAGGAGGAAGAGGAAGAAAAGCGGGCUCCUCCUCGAGUGCCGUUAGGAGCUAAGGAGGAAGAGGAGCGGCAGAGGCAGGCCAACUUGAGAAGGCUUGCUGCCGUCCAGCAGAGACAGAAGGAGGCUGAAGAGCACAAGAAGCUGAUCCAGGGAGCUUUAGCCAAGCUGGACGCUCCAACUGCAGGAGCAGGGAAACACAUCGUCUUUGGCUCUGAUGAUGACGAGGAUGACGAAGAGGAGCAGCAGACGACCUCAGAGGUCACAACGUCAAAGAAGACGCUGUUCGAGGACAGCCAAUCAGAGGACGAGGCCACAGGUGACAAAGCAUCAGCCAAUCGGAACGGCACAAUGAAAGAAAAGGUGCGUCUGAAGCCAUCAGUUCCUCAGCUGUUCAACGGCAGUGAGGAGGAGGAGGAGGAGGAGGAUAACGAAGAGGAGGAUGGCAGCAGGUUUGACAUCAGGCCUCAGUUUGAAGGUCGAGCAGGAGAGAAGCUGAUGGCGCUGCAGUCUCGCUUCGGGACAGACGAGCGUUUCCGGCUGGACUCACGCUUCCUGGAGGACGACGAGGACAAAGAGGAGGAGUCAGAGAGAAAGAUGAGCGUGACGGAGGAUGACGAGACUCUGGAGGAGGAGAGGAAGAAGAACCUGUCCAUCCUGCAGAGCGUCCUUGGGAGCAGCCAACAAACCUGCAGCAGCAAGCCAGCCAGCAAGGCCAAGACCUUCAGAGACGUCUCAGCGCUGCAUUAUGACCCCAGCAGAGAGGAACACGCUGCGUUUGAGACCAAAACCAAUGAAAUCAAAGAAAGCAAGGCGGCCAGGAGGAAGAAGAGGGAAGAGGCUCAGAAGCUUCCGGAGGUUUCUAAGGAGAUUUACUACGAUGUGUCUGGUGAUCUAAAGGCCGUGUUCGGUCAGACUAAAGAUGACGACACCGGAGGACAAGAGAAGGCGAACUGGGACCAAGAAGGGGAAGAGGAGAAAGCGGAGGAAGGAGGGAAGGAUGAAGAGCCGACCCCGCUGUCGUCUCUCCUCUCAGCUGAUCCCGGCGCAGAGAAAGAGGAGUCGUCUGGGUUCAAGUUCUCCUUCUUUGAAGACGACACAGAAACAGGAAGUAAAGAGACGGCAGAGUACAAGGUAGAGAGCAUCCAGGCGCCAAAGGUGUCAUGGCAACAAGACCCACGUUUCCAUGACAGCAGCUCGGAGGACGAGGAGGAGGAGGAGGAAGAGCAGGAGGAAGAUGAGGAGCAAAGCACCAUCGUCGCUACCACAGAAGAGGAGACUCCUUCAAAACCGGCUCUGUUCUUCUUCUACCCUGAAGACAGCAGACUGACAGAGGGUCCCCGGUUGUUCUGUCGUUCCUCUCAGCUGGAGGAGCAGAGGGAGGAGUGGGAGGAGAGGAGGAGCGCACUCAGACAGGAGUACCGCAAGAAACACAAGGACGCCCGCAGGAAGCUGAAGUCCUCCCAGAAGAGCUGAGGAUUGUGGGAAGUGAAGUCUCUGUGUUUCACUCACUGGUUUGGACUUCAGGACCAGGAACUGACAGAUUGUUUCUCCCUCUUGGUGCCAUUUUGUGCCUGAUUUCAACGGUCAGCAGGCGGGAGAGACGCACACAUCGAGUGAAAGUUCAAGAUCGUCAGAAAAUAUCUGAUUAUUUUUUAUUUGUAGUAAAUGCUGAGAAAUAUUUUGUGGUCGGAGCUGGGUUUUCUCAUCUGUUGCCAUGGAAACGGUGCUGCAAAUGAACUUCUGGAUGGUCAGCAGCUAACCACAGCUACAGGGGACCAAACUCUGAUAUAAAAAAAAUAAAUAAAUAAAAAACAA